AUGCCCCACCUCUUGGGGCACGUGGCGUUCGGCACCCCGCUGCCGACGAGCUACCUCCCGAGCCUACCCCCGGGCGCGGGUGGGGCGUGGCCCGCGACGCCCGCGAGAACAUCUCCCGAGGAUGCGGCGGCGACGAGGGCGCCGCGAACGCCGAGGGUGAGCGGGAGCAGGGCCAACGGGUCCCCGGUCCCGAGGCGACCCAAGCGCAAGUUCCGCAAGAGCGUGACGCUGGACCCUGACAAGGUGGCGCAGCUCGGGUUGAAACCGGGGAAAAACGUAAUCGCGUUUUCGUUCAGCAGUCGGGUGUGGGGCCGGCAGGAGGUCCAGGCGCACGCGUACCUGUGGGAUUGGAACGCCAAGAUCGUGGUGUCAGACGUGGACGGCACGAUCACGAAGAGCGACCUGCGCGGACACGUCGCCGCGAUGGUGGGCAAGGAUUGGAACCACGAGGGUGUCGCGCAGUUGUACAACAACAUUCGCGACAACGGCUAUCAGCUCAUGUUCCUGUCGUCCAGGGCGAUAUCGCACUCGAAGGGCACGCGCAGGUACCUCGAGAAGCUCACGCAGGACGGGGAGACGCUGACGCAGGGCCCGGUGAUGCUCGCGCCAGAUCCGCUGUCCACGGCGCUGUACCGAGAGGUGGUGGUCCGCAGGCCGCAGGAGUUCAAGAUGCGGUGCCUGAGGACCAUACGAGAGCUGUUUCCCGCCGACUGGAACCCGUUCUACGCGGGGUUCGGUAACAGGGAGACGGACACGGUUUCCUACGCGCACGUCGGCGUUCCCGCCGGCAGGAACUUCACCAUCAACCCCAAAUCGGAGGUUUACGCCGCCACGACGAGGCACACGAAGACGUACUCGCUGGCGGGUAUCAACGAGCUGUGCGACGAGAUGUUCCCGCCGGUGGCGAGGCACAGGCGGACCAGGUCCGGCGCGGCGGAUUUGACGCACUGCGACGCGUUCGCGGAUUCGAACUACUGGGGCAAAGGGUUCAUGAACAUCGACGACAGCGAGUUGCCCUGA